GAGUGGUGGAAUGACGCAAAUCGGCCGAUCUGAACUCAACUUAUAAAAAAAAACUAUUACUUUUCAUCAUGGGUCUGCCAUUUUUGGAGCAGAACUCCAUGAAGAGGCUAGAGCUUAAUUUUUUUUGAGCCUCAUCGCUGAUUAAAAUGUAAUCAACCCCCAAUUAAUUUACAAAAACUUCAGUCUGCAACUCGGCAAAUCCAAAAUCGGUAAUUUACUGAAACAUUGUUUUGAAAGAACCGGAAUAGGAAGCUGUUGCGGAAGUAAAGCGGAAGCGGUGCAAACACUCAUCCUGAACAUGCUUGAAUGGAGGUGACCUUAGUAAUUGGCCAAACUGUAAAGUGAAAUAACUUCCCGGGGACGUUACGGAUACUUCGGUUCAGUCCCGUUUAGAUUCUUCUCGUGAAAAUCCGUGCAGAGUUUACGGCGCGCGCAGGACCGACCGACAUGGCGGAGGCUCACCAGGCACGCGUACAAAACGUGGUGGAAGAAAUGGUCCAAAGCCUGGAGAGGGACAACAUCCGCGUAAUGCAGGGUCGCAUGUUCAGGUGCAGCGCAGACUGCUGUGAUCGGCCCACGGACUCCAUGUCUGUGGUGCAUCGGUGCAUCGACAAGUGCCACACUCCUCUGGCUCAGGCUCAGGGACUGGUCACUUCGGAGCUGGAGAAGUUUCAGGACCGUCUGACCCGAUGCACGAUGCACUGCAACGAUAAGGCGAAGGAUCUUUUUGACACUGGGGCUAAAGAACCAGCUGUUCGAUCCCUGAUGGACAGCUGUGUGGGCAGUUGUGUGGACGACCACGUAAACCUGAUCCCCAGCAUGACCCGAAGAAUCAAAGAUAACCUGGACUCCAUACAGCAGUAGGGAAAGGGGCGGGAGGGCCGCAGUCCUUCCUGGCGACUCAGUCUGAGGUCAUUACACAUAGGGACGCACAGGGCCACUCACUGCAUGAUAACUAAAGAUGAGCGGGCUGGAGUACCAUCAUGAGAUGGGGAGUGAAGUUUAACAUGGUGCAAGAGUUCUGCAGGCUGCGCCCUGUAUGCUGGUGGGUGGAGAUUUUAAACGUGUCACAGUGAGAUUUAUCUUGCUUUGUGUACAGACUCAAACCUACAGGGAGGUUUGGAAAACUAAGUGAUGCAUCUGGGUGCACAUCAUUCAUUUAUCGUUUAUGAACAAUUACCCAUUAAAACAUGCAUUGAACAAACCUGUGCAUUCAAAUACAAAAAAUAGGUGCAUAUCGCAUUUUAAAAUGCUAGUAUAGAGCGUGCCACCUGAUGGUCUAUUUUUGCAUUUUGUGCAAUGUUCAUAUUCAUAUGUUCAUAUUUCUCUCCUAUCAGUCUUCUCCUCCCCAUGUUUUUUUGUUAUUUUAUUGUUGUUGAGCUGUGUCCGUCUGACCUCAUGAUGUGAUAUGUUUAUAUAUUAAAAGUACUGUAGAUGUCCCA